AUGACGCGAAUAUCAAUCGAAAUGUUGAGCUCGACCUUCGUGGCGUGUCUUCUCUACUUAUUCCUAAUCCGCACGUGCUCGGCCCAAUUCUCAAUUGCAAUGUCAUCGACCUCAGCGGGCAGUGCAGUGGCUUCUGCCGGCGGUGUCACUUCUAUUGCGCAAGUGCCUCAGCUGGGCUUCGGUUUCGGGUUGAAUCAAUGGCAACAGCAACCAGCUGGAAAUUCAUUCUACAACAAUUACAUCGGACAUCGUCGUGGCGGACCAAGACCCGGCGGUCGUCCACCACCGCCGUGGAGCUGGAACAGACAACCAGCUGGUUGGGGAAACUGGAAGACUCAAGGCAACAACAAUAAUCCCGGCUGGGGAGGCGCCAACUGGGGCGGUGAACCCACGCCUCCUGGAUGGGGCAACAACAGACCGUAUCAACCUGGCUGGGGAAAUGGAAAUCAACCCGGCUGGGGUAAUGGAGGCAGACCACCACCACCUCCACCGCCAAGUUGGGAUGAUAGACGUAAUCCGCAACCGGGUUGGGGAAAUGACGAUCGAAGACAGCCAGGAUGGGGAAAUGACGAUAGAAGGCAGCCUGGAUGGGGAGAUGGAGGAAAUCAGCAACAACCUGGCUGGGGAAACGAUGGCAAUCAACAACAGCCUGGCUGGGGAAAUGAUGGAAAUCAACAACAACCUGGCUGGGGAGAUAACAACAAUCCACAGCAACCAGGAGUUAAUCCACAACAGCCUGGCUGGGACAACAGCAAUCCGCAGAAUCCCAUCUACCCGCCUAAUAACGAUGGCAAUGGCGCAACUGAUCCAGGCAAGACUAAUCUGCCCAUGCAGAUGCCUUCUACAACACCCCCGCCUGCUCAACCCGAGCCCACACAAUCCACAUCCGACACACUGAUCACUGGCACCAAUCGUCCACCCAUUAUUAUAUCGCCUGUGCCGCCAGCGAAUCAGGGCAAUACGCUGAUCAUAGGCACCAAUCGCCCGCCUCUAUUUCCAGCUCCUCAACCCACGCCAGCGCCCGUUGCCACGCCAUAUUCCCAUAACAUCGAAGACUCCAGGCAGCGAGACAUUAUCUUCCCUAGCUCACAGCAAUAUGUGCACUCUCCUGUUGUGGAAACCCCAACAGAGCUCAUCGAUGUGCGAAGACGUUGAGCGCAGAGAUCGGUAUACUAUAUACUUAAUAAUCUGUCUAGAUAGCUGUAUAUUUUGUAGAUUUAAUAAUUACAGUAUAGCCUCUGAAAAUUGAAUAGUCGAUGCGCAAGAGUGAACAGCAAAUUAGUACAGUGAUUACUCUUAAAUAGUGAUUGUAUUCUUAUGAAGAACUAAAGUGAAGUUUCCGAUGAGCAAUAAAAU